ACCACUUGAGCCGCAUCGGCCUCCCGACUUCGCCCGCCGCCGAUCUCCAUCCCGCGACAGUGCGCCGCCGACGUCCUGCUGCUUCGGCCGCAUCCUCUCCGAUGGCGAUCACUUUGUCCAAUGUCAACUCUGAGGCAGGCCUCCAGAAGCUUGAUGAGUACCUCCUUACUCGCAGCUACAUCAGCGGGUACCAGGCUUCAAAGGAUGACAUGGCUGUUUUCACCGCACUUCCAUCUGCUCCCCCAGCAAGCUAUGUCAAUGUUACAAGGUGGUAUGAUCACAUCAGCGCUCUCCUAAGAUCCAGUGGAGUUACCGCAGAGGGUGAAGGUGUGAAGGUUGAGUCAUCUGCUUGCUCUGUGUCUCCAAGUGCUGACCAAAAGGCACCAGCAGCUGAUGAAGAAGAUGAUGACGAUGUUGAUCUGUUUGGUGAGGAGACUGAAGAGGAGAAGAAAGCAGCAGAAGAACGUGCAGCAGCUGUCAAGGCUUCUGGAAAGAAGAAAGAAUCUGGAAAGUCAUCGGUUCUGCUAGAUGUAAAGCCAUGGGACGAUGAAACAGACAUGACAAAGCUUGAGGAAGCUGUGAGGAGUGUGAAGAUGGAGGGCCUGCUCUGGGGCGCAUCUAAACUUGUCCCAGUUGGAUAUGGUAUCAAGAAGCUGCAAAUUAUGAUGACCAUCGUGGAUGACCUUGUUUCUGUGGACAGUCUCAUUGAGGAUCACUUUUACACGGAGCCAGCCAAUGAAUAUAUUCAGAGUUGUGACAUUGUUGCUUUUAACAAAAUCUAAAACUGAAUCUUGUGGGAGGCAAUAUUGCUGAAAUACUUCAUCGGCAAAUCUUCAUUGUCCAUUUUCCAAUCCUCGCCAUAAAGAUUUCCCGUCAUUUAUGUUCACAUAAGGAUCGUGAGUGUACCGCGAACCAGCGGUUGGUGUUAUUGUGAAACUUAAUCUUGAUUGGACUUUGUUUUGCCCAGUUGCUCACUUGCUCCUGUUGAUUUUUUUCCUAUCGUUUUUGGAGACCUUUGCCACAUGCUUGCAGUCGUUCAGGACUAUUUACCCUUGCAUGGCCUCAUAUAACUAUACAACUCUGCUCA